GUUUUCAGUCGGAGCUGGAUGCGUGUUGCGCAUGUGUUAUACAUGUUCGUUUCCUGACAUGUUUUGUAAUGUGUUUGUGUGCAGCGGAGAAUAACCGUGGUCUUCAUCUGCAGAGACUGACCGUCAGCUGACCUCGGUCCCAUCAUGCUGCUUCCUCUGUUGGUCCGGCGUCCUCUCUGCUCGUCGGUCCCGUUGACCCGGUGCCUUCGGGCAGGUCUCUGCGGCGGCAGGGGGCGGAGCUCUUGGGCCGAACCCCUCCUCCUGCGGCGGAGGCUCCCCCAGCGCUCCUACGUCCAGAGCCGAGGCCGACAGAGGCGGAGCCGGACUCAGGAGGACGAGUGGAAAACCAGGAACAGGACGGCGCUGACGUACAUCGCUGCGGCCGGCGUGGGGAUGAUCGGCCUGUCGUACGCCGCUGUGCCGCUAUACAGACUGUACUGUCAGGCAUCAGGGCUCGGUGGGACGGCGGUGGCCGGACACGACGCCGAUCAGGUGGAGACGAUGACGCCGGUGAAGGAGCGCGUCCUUAAAAUCACGUUCAACGCAGACACCCACUCCAGCAUGCAGUGGAACUUCAGACCACAACAGACGGAGAUCUACGUGGUUCCAGGUGAGACGGCCUUGGCCUUCUACAGAGCCAAGAACCCCACAGACAAAGCCAUCAUCGGCAUCUCCACCUACAACGUGGUCCCGUUCGAAGCAGGACAGUACUUCAACAAGAUCCAGUGUUUCUGCUUCGAGGAGCAGCGUCUGAAUCCUCACGAGGAGGUGGACAUGCCCGUCUUCUUCUACAUCGACCCGGAGUUCGACGUGGACCCCAGGAUGGCCCGGGUGGACACCAUCACUCUGUCCUACACCUUCUUCGAGGCCAAAGAGGGUCAGAAACUGCCUCUGCCAGGGUACGGCUCCCACUGACGGGUCACCCCCCCACACCAGAACACCAGCUGCUAACGGACCCAACACACGGACCACGGCGCCUUUUCCAGCCGGGAGUCACACCCAGAACUUCAGUCAUCUUACAACUAGAGUUGGACUUUUUCAGCUCCUCACUGAGAAUAGGAGCAGGAUCAGCUCCUCCUCUAUGGAACUGGUUCCAGCUGUAGUCCGGCCUUCGCUGUGUAAACCUGGUCUGUGUGGGGUCUGACGGGUCCACUCCUGUGUUUUCAUGUUCUUCAGACUGAUGCCAUGGGUCAGGACCAUCCACUGCUGCUGUUUGACGCCUCAGAUCACAGGUGUCAAACGUAAGGCCCAGGGGCCAAAACCGGCCCACCAAAGGGUCUGGUCCGGCCCUGGGGAUGAAUCUGAGAAAUACAGACAUUACACUGAAGAGAUGGACAGUCAGACCUUUUACUUUAGGUCCAUUUAAAGCCCUGCUUCAGUCUGAAGUGGGUCAGAUCAGUCAAAUACAACCAUAAAAACCUACAAAUAAUGACAGUUCCAAAUGUUUCCUCUGUUUUAGGGUAAAAAAAAAGGGAAAUUACAUGAAAAUGUGUAAAUUUACAA